CGAACGCUUUCUUGUGAACACUGCAUUUCAUCAAAUUGAUGCACUGCAGGAUAUUGCAACCGACUGGUCUCCGUGUAUCGGCAAGGUCGCGCUCGUCUCUCUUUCUCGUUGAUACGGCGGCAGCCGAUGCUCCUAUCUUUUUUCCCACGAAGCUGACGGCUCUUUCCACGUUGCACCAUUUUCCCGAAGACCAGACUCCCAUUCGUUCGGCUGAGGGGUGGUCCCUGAAAGUCGCAUCCUAUUAUUACUUUUCUGGAAACGUUUCAAUAUAUUUCGCGACGCGCCGCAUUGAACUCCCGUCAUCGCCAGAACAUCACAUUGGUGCUUGCACCUGAGUGAAAUCAUCAAACAUGGCGGCAAACAAUAAAUCGUCGUCGACUACAGGCGCUGAGUUUCAAGGCGACAUACGGAGACGCAAUGUGGGCAAUAACCAGCUCAACGGCAGCGAUGCUGCAAAGGAGCUUGCCGACAAAGUCCAUGACAAGAGCAAGAAACAGGCCAAUUCAUUCAUCAAAACACUAGACGACUACGAGUUUCUGAUUGCGCCUAUCAUCUUCACAGCACUUGCCUUCUUCACACGCAUGUGGAAGAUUGGUAUCUCCAACAUUGUGACAUGGGACGAGGCUCACUUCGGCAAGUUCGGCUCUCAUUACCUGAAGCGCGAGUUCUACUUCGACGUUCAUCCACCAUUGGGUAAAAUGUUGGUCGGGUUAUCGGGAUACCUUGCGGGCUAUAAUGGUUCAUUCGAGUUCAAGAGUGGAGAGACCUACCCGGAGGAGCUCAACUACACAUUCAUGCGACUAUUCAAUUCUGCCUUUGGUGCGCUCUGCGUUCCUUUGGCUUAUUACACCGCCCGCGAAUUACAUUUCAAGCGACCCACGGUCUGGUUGGUGACCAUGAUGGUCUUGUUCGAGAAUAGCUACACGACCAUCAGCAGAUUUAUCCUGCUGGACAGCAUGCUUCUGUUCUUUACGUUCACCACUGUCUUCACUUGGGCCAAGUUUCACAAUCAGAGGCAUGAUCCUUUCUCACCAGAAUGGGGUCUUUGGCUGUUCAUGACUGGAAUUUCCAUCGGUUGCGUGUGCAGUGUCAAGUGGGUUGGCGCCUUUGGAACAGCAUUGGUUGGCAUUUACACCAUUGAAGACUUGUGGAACAAAUUUGGCAAGCCGAAGAUGCCCAAAGUUGAACUUGCUGCUCACCUCGGCUUCCGCGUGGUCGGUCUAAUUCUCAUCCCACUGGCGGUGUACAUGUUCAACUUUUACCUCCACUUUUUGAUCCUCGAGAACAGCGGUCCUGGCGAUGCUCAGAUGUCCUCGUUGUUCCAGGCCAACCUCCGCGGGACUGAAGUUGGUCGGGACAGUCCUCUUGAGGUCGCUCUGGGAUCUCGUGUGACCCUGAAGAAUAUGGGAUAUGGCGGUGGUCUCUUGCACUCGCAUAUCCAGACAUAUCCCGAGGGCUCUGGUCAACAACAAGUCACUUGCUACCACCACAAAGAUGCCAAUAACGACUGGUUCUUCUACCCUACUCGUGAUCAACCGGAUUAUGAUGCUGAAGGCGAACUCCGAUUCGUUGGAAACAAUGACGUUGUCCGUUUCAUCCACGCCCAAACUGGUCGCAAUCUUCACUCUCAUCAAGUGGCCGCACCGGUCACAAAGAAAGACCAUGAGGUAUCGGCAUACGGCAACUUGACUGUUGGUGACAGCAAAGACAACUGGGCUAUUGAGGUCGUCAGCGACGCAGCCUCACGCGACUACUCGAAGCUCCGCUCUUUGACAAGCGCGUUCCGCUUGAGACACACCGAUUUGAACUGCUACCUGCGUGCUGGUAAUGUCAAUCUGCCGCAGUGGGGUUUCAAGCAAAUCGAGGUGACUUGCGUAAAGGAGAACAAGCCUCGCGACGCUUUCACUCACUGGAACAUUGAAUCUCAUGUUAACGAGAGGCUGCCACCUGGAAACCCCGGGCAAUACAAGUCGCCAUUCCUCCGCGACUUUGUUCAUCUAAACGUGGCAAUGAUGACCUCGAACAACGCACUUGUGCCGGAUCCCGACAAGCAGGAUGAUCUUGCUUCGAAAUUCUGGCAAUGGCCAAUCCUCCACGUCGGUCUCCGCAUGUGCGGUUGGGACGACAACAUCAUCAAAUAUUUCCUUCUCGGUAAUCCGCUGGUGUACUGGGGCUCGACUUUCUCCAUCUUCGUCUUCUUCGGCAUGCUCGCUUGGUACGGCAUUCGAUGGCAGCGUGGUUUCGAUGAGCUCACCUGGGCCCAAAUCGACCAUUUCCAAUACUCCGGAAUUUACCCAGUAUUGGGCUGGUUCCUCCACUACCUGCCGUUCAUCGCCAUGGCACGUGUAACAUAUGUACACCACUACUACCCUGCGCUCUACUUCGCCAUUUUGUGCAGCGGAUUUGUUCUCGACUGGUACACCCGCGGUCUUCGUCCGGUCGUGCAGUGGUCUCUGUUCACUGUACUCUAUGCCGCUGUGUUCGGCUUGUUCUGGCUGUUCCGAUCCUUCUGUUUCGGUAUUGUUGGACCUCACCAACAGAACAAGCAUCUCAAAUGGUUCGAGAGCUGGCGCAUGACGGAUUAGAGAUGCUUCCCAUCUCUACUUUUCUUUGGUCUGAUAUAUUGGAGGGGAAUCCGACACUGCGGCUGGCACCGCUGCUCCGUACCGCGUUCGAUCAAUCACUGAUGAUGGGCUUUACAAUAAGCGAGAAAAGAGAAAGUGCUGCAUCACGGGAUGCUUCGCGGCCCAUUGCUGUGGCAGUCACAUCUUCAUGUACAUCUACUACUUCUUUAUGAUUUGCUUCCUAAUCAGCAAUUUCUUUCUUUUGUUUUUUGUGCAGCUAUGUGUCAAGCAUUGUUCCAACUUGCUGUAUGAUGCAG